AAAAUUAGGCCGUUUGUACUUUGUAGUGUCAGAGGUUUUGUUAAACCCCAGCAGCAGCAGCUGGGUUGUUCUCAUCUUCCCGCGCCCUCUUAUCUCCAAAAUUCCACUGCCAUCACAUCACCAUGAUUUCUCUCACGCACCCACCUCAAUUUCCCUCUUUCUCGAUUAACUCUCCGUUCUACAACAGAAGUAACGCCGCCCACUCUACCGGCGGCGGAGUCGGCAGGAGAUGCAACAGAGGCAAAUGCUUCGCCGCAGACCAGUCGCAAGGUCCGCGGAAGCAGUCUCAGAGACCGCGUAAAAAAUCUCCUCCUCCCGAUUCUGAUAGAAAAGACGGAAUCGAUCCCGCCGGAUUCCUCGCCAAGCACGGUAUUGCAAAUAAAGCCUUCGCACAGUUCCUGCGCGAAAGGUAUAAAGCGUUGAAGGACUUGAAGGAAGAGCUUCUCAAGCAGUAUUACGAUCUGCAGGAGCUGGUUUCUGGGUUUGAGUUAUUGGGAAUGCAUCGGAAUGUUCAGCAUCGCGUGGAUUACAUGGACUGGGCUCCAGGUGCUCGCUAUUGUUCUCUGGUGGGGGAUAUCAAUGGUUGGUCGCCGACAGAGAAUUGUGCCAGGGAAGGUUAUUUAGGCCAUGAUGAUUUCGGUUACUGGUUUGUUAUUCUUGAAGACAAACUUAGGGAUGGAGAAGAACCAGAUGAUGUAUUUUUUCAACAGUAUAAUUACAUUGAUGAUUAUGAUAAAGGUGAUAGUGGUGUUACGGUUGAAGAAGUUUUUCAAAAAGCGAAUGAAGAGUACUGGGAACCUGGAGAAGACCGCUUUAUAAAAUCACGCUAUGAGCUUGCAGCUAAACUGUAUGAGCAAAUAUUUGGGCCUAAUGGGCCACAGACAGAAGAGGAACUGGAAGAAAUACCAGAUCCGAUGACAAGAUAUAAGGCCUGGAAAGAGGAGCAUAAAGAUGAUCCACCAAGCAACUUACCACCUUGUGAUGUGAUUAUUGAUGAGGAUAAAGAAGAUGAUGAGUUUGAAAUCGUAACUGAUCCUGCUUGGAGAGAGAAAUUUAAAAAUAAGAAGCCUCCCAUUCCUUACUGGUUGGAAACACGAAAAGGAAGGCAAGCAUGGUUAAAAAAGUAUAUACCUGGGAUCCCUCAUAGGAGCAAGUACAGGGUGUACUUUAACACUCCAAUGGGUCCUUUAGAACGCGUUCCUGCAUGGGCUACUUAUGUUAUUCCAGAGGCAGAUGGAAAUCAAUCUUAUGCUGUCCAUUGGGAGCCACCUCCUGAAAGUGCCUACAAAUGGAAACAUAAACAUCCAUCAAAACCUAAAUCUUUGCGAAUAUAUGAAUGCCAUGUUGGAAUAAGUGGACAGGAGCCUAGAGUUUCAACUUUCAAUGAGUUCACCGAAAAUGUCCUAGUUCAUGUAAAGGAAGCUGGUUACAAUGCAAUCCAAUUGAUUGGAGUUCUUGAGCACAAGGAUUAUUUCACUGUUGGGUACAGAGUGACGAAUUUUUAUGCUGUUAGCAGCCGCUAUGGUACCCCUGAAGACUUCAAGCGGUUGGUGGAUGAAGCUCAUGGACUUGGCCUGCUCGUCCUUUUAGAUAUUGUUCAUUCUUAUGCCGCAGCUGAUGAAAUGGUGGGGUUAUCAUUUUAUGAUGGAUCAAAUGAUUGCUACUUCCAUUCUGGUAAAAGAGGCCACCACAAAUUUUGGGGUACACGAAUGUUCAAAUAUGAUGAUCAAGAUGUUUUGCAUUUCCUUCUUUCAAAUUUAAAUUGGUGGAUGGUAGAGUACCAGAUUGAUGGCUUCUAUUUUCAUUCUCUUUCAUCAAUGAUGUAUACACACAAUGGAUUUGCUACUUUUACUGGUGAUGUGGAGGAGUACUGUAACCAAUAUGUGGAUAAGGAUGCUUUGCUGUAUCUAAUAUUAGUAAAUGAGAUAUUGCAUAUUCUCCACCCAAAUGUACUGACAAUUGCUGAAGAUGCCACAUUUUAUCCAGGACUUUGCGAACCAAUUUCUCAAGGUGGUUUGGGAUUUGAUUAUUUCGUUAAUCUCUCUGCAUCAGAAUUGUGGUUGUCAUUCAUCGAAAAUGUUCCUGAUCAUGAGUGGAGUAUGAGUAAGCUUGUGAGCACAUUGGUGGGAGACAAGUGCAAUAUUGAUAAGAUGCUUCUGUAUGCUGAAAAUCACAACCAGUCAAUUUCAGGGGGUCGCUCUUUUGCAGAAAUACUCUUUGGUUCUGCUAACACAGAAGGGGCCUUGCUUAGGGGUUGUUCAUUGCAUAAGAUGAUCAGAUUAAUUACAUUUACUAUUGGUGGUUCAGCAUACCUCAAUUUCAUGGGCAAUGAGUUUGGGCAUCCAAAGAGGGUUGAGUUCCCAAUGCCAAGCAACAAUUUUUCGUAUUCACUUGCUAAUCGCUGCUGGGAGCUAUUGGAGGAUGAACUUCACAAAAAAUUAUUCGCCUUUGAUAAAGAUAUGAUGAAACUUGACGUAAAAGAUAGAGUACUUCUAAGAGGUUCAAGGGGCCUUCCGAAUAUUCACCACGUCGAUGAUACUACAAUGGUGAUAUCUUAUUCACGAGGUCCAUAUAUAUUUGUCUUCAACUUUCACCCCACAAAUUCGUAUGAAAGAUACAGUAUAGGCGUUGAGGAAGCUGGAGAGUAUCAAAUCAUAUUGAAUUCUGAUGAAGAGAUUUAUGGCGGUCAAGGAUUAAUUGAUCGAGACCAAUAUGCUCAAAGAACCAUUAGCAGAAAAACUGGUGGAGCCAGAUUUUGCUUGGAUGUGCCGCUCCCAAGUAGAACAUCUCAGGUGUAUAAGCUAACUCGGAUUCUCAGAGUCUAACUCCAAUCUGGUCAAACUGAUCUGUUGCCAUAGAAUGGAGAGUCUUCUUGCAGCAGUUGUAACAGUAAAUUAUCUUCCCCAGAUAUUCUAUUUAUUUUAUUUUGUGUUUUCUUCGGCAAAAGACAUCAAUAUUAUCAAAUUAAGCUGACUAGCCUCUUGUGUUCAAAUUGUGAUAGUGAAUUCGGCCUAAUUCUCAUGCCAAGGAGAAAACCUAACAAGGUUAGGGUAUGUGAUGCUUUGUGGGGUUUUGGAGUUGUUGACGUAUGCUAUAACUGGAGCUACCCAGAUCGAUUACUUUGCUGUAAAUACUGAAUGUAGAAUUGUGACAAGUAGGAGAGCUGAACACAACAAAUACAUUUACGGUAGCAAAUAUUUUCUCUGUUUAGAUGACAGUCUUAUUAAGAAAUGCUAAUAGUUCCACAGUUUUAGUGA